GAAAAGCUGCGAAUAAUAAUACCGCUUCGCGACUCGCGUAGUCUCAUAUCUUCAAGCGUACAAUUCUUUUUCAUACCUGAGCGCGAGAUUAAAUUGAAUGUUUACGUGACUUAUUCAAAAAAAAUGAAAAGACAAGAAAAAAUAGAAAAGCAAAGAAAAAAAUUGUCCGAUAUCGAUGAAGUUCUCUUGCAGUGCUGCAAUGAACAACCCUUAAAAAAGAUAUCGAGUGCAGUGCCUAUAGGGGCUGCGUAUUUUGCGCCUUGCUACAUUAUUAUCGCGCGAAAAACAAUUAACACGCAAGCCCAGCUUGCAGGUGUACAUUAUCGUUUUUUAAUGUCAUGCUAACAUAACUUCUCUUCCCUCGGUCGUAUCAUAACUUCUUUCUAGAUGCGUGGGUGGUGUGCGAUUACGUCAUCAGUACGUUGUACACGAAACAAUUGCCAAAAUCUUUAGCCGUCAGAUGGAAAACUUUUCACGACGAUUUCGAUGCUCGUUUUAAAGUGCGAUUUAAUGAACGGAUCAUUUUCAUUGAUCAACAACGACGAUCGAUUAGAACAAUCGUUUUAAAAUGUUUUUUUCUUGGAAGUUGAGAAAGUUAACUAAAAUUAACUAAUUGAAAUUAUAUUGAAGAGAAAGCACACAGUCAUUGUACGACUUGACUCAGCAGCUCGGUAGCACGUGGCAAAUUUUCAUACUUCGUUUGUCAAUUACCAUCGAACAUGAGAUACUUGGUACGAUUUGUCGACCGCAAAAUAAUCGUGAAAAAAUCGAACGAAAAGCCGAAAAGCAAAUGAUCGUCGAUGUUACGAUCGAAAUCAAGCUAAUCGUCGACUUAUGAAAGCAAAAAAUGAGAGAAGAAAGCUUCGAUACGGAGCUGCGGAUGAUUUGAAAAAUAAGCGUAUAACCUAAGAACUGGCGAUGCAGGCAAGCUCGAUUUAAUUCCGAAUGGCCAAAACAGCUUGUCGCGUAUCGUGCUACAACACAGUGCACGCGCACACACACACUGGGGCCGGUUGCAGUCUUAUCGAGCACUUGGUCGUGCUGCGAGUUGAAUCUGUUUUUUGCUUCGUCGAGGAGAGCCGAGUCACGAGUGACAACAGCAACUGCUUAUAUACUGCACUGCAUAAAUAGUCUGUGUCGGGGAAAUAUGAUGAAAUCAGCGACGACGUUACGGGCUAUUUUAAUCGAUGGAAGAUUAUCGGCCGCAACGACGAGUUACAAUAGCUGCUUAACUCGAAGGAUGUCUUCCGCCAACACCGAUGCCGAGGUCUUACUGAGAGAAGUGGCGGACAGCGGAGUCAUCGAGCUGAAUCGGCCAAAGGUACUCAACGCUCUGAACCUGUCGAUGGUCAAUGAAAUCUACCCGGUGCUCAAGCGAUGGCAGGACACGCGAAACUUGGUCCUCAUCAAGGCCGCCGGGGACAAGGCCUUUUGCGCCGGUGGAGAUAUCAAGUCCUUGGUCGUUGCGCUCAACGAGGCCGGCGGCGAGAAAUUGGGCCAGGACUUUUUUAGACGCGAGUAUACACUCAACCAUCUGAUUGGUACAUUUAAAAAGCCUUACGUCGCGUUGAUCCAUGGAAUUACAAUGGGUGGUGGCGUUGGUCUCUCGGUGCAUGGAAAGUACCGAGUGGCUACGGAGAAGACAGUUUUCGCUAUGCCAGAGACCGCCAUCGGUCUGUUUCCCGACGUUGGUGGAAGCUAUUUCUUACCGAGACUCAAGGGAAAAUUGGGCCUAUUUUUCGGCUUAACCGGAUACCGACUUAAAGGUGCCGACGUUGCAUUCGCUGGCGUCGCGACUCAUUACACGACCUCCGACAAACUCGAGUCGUUGACUCAGGAGCUCACGUCAAGGAGCACGGAAGUCGAUCAAAUUCUGGAACCGUAUCUGCCAAAAAAUUUAAACCAUCAAUUCUGUCUGGCGCCUUAUUUGGACGUAAUAGACGAAUGCUUUUCGGCUCCAACUGUCGAAGAAAUCAUCUCCAAGCUUGAAGAGAAAAACACAGACUGGACUCGAGGCAUCGUUGAGACACUUAACAAAGUGUCACCCACGUCUUUGAAAGUGACCAAAAGAGCCAUCGAGGAAGGCGCCUCCAAAACUUUGGCCGAAUGUUUGAGGAUGGAGUACAGAUUAGCUUGCGCAUGUUUGACCAAGGAUAGUGAUUUUGCCGAAGGUGUUAGAGCUUUAUUGAUUGACAAAGAUCAGAAUCCCAAAUGGAAACCAAAGAAAUUGAGUGACGUAUCGGACGCAAUGAUUGACAAAAGAUUUGCUCCAUUAUCAUCAGACAAAGACUUGUUACUUUCUCACUUAUAAAUAUGUAAUGUGAUA